UGUAUGUCUAAUGAGUACCUCUGGAAAUCAUCUUAAUCUGCAUGCUCAGAAAGCAUGUUUAAUAGGGUAGUCAAUCUACUGCCCAUUUCCACAGAAAGGAUGAUUUAUAAGGCAGAGAAGUAACUUCAGUUUUAUAAAAGCAAAGUUACAGCAAUUAAAGCAUAAAAUAAUAAUCACUUACCAAUACUUUACCAAACUUUCGCCCAGAAACUGGAUACGACGGAUUCAGCUCCAACGCCCAACCUGAAGAUCACCAGUAACUCAUCUCGCACCUGGACGAGGUUUUCGGCCAGUGAAAUUGAAGGAUUCAUCUCUGCAGUCUUCAAUGCCAGUAAUUUGCUUGAUUUGACACAAUGAAUUACCAAGAAACAACAGAAGAUUUAAAUACAUUUGUCGACAAAUUAGCCAACCUGAUAAAUGAUACUUUCAAAUCCUGCAUAAAGAACUAUGAUACAUUACUGCCGUUCCUUAGUAAAAAGGAAAUAAAUGCUAAAAUACAUCACAGAUUAGUAUUUGUUAAUAUACUGUUGAACAAGUUAAAUGAAGAACUUUCAGGACUUAUAACUGAAUAUGUAACUGUGUCACCAUACGAACAAAAAGAGGAGACUGUUCUGUUUGAAGGAGGGAGGAGGAGAAGAAAGUCCCAUAUGCUGAAGUUAGACGGACAACAGACUGAAAGUAAAAAAAGUCCAUAUUCCAAUAAUAGAAAGUGUUCCAUUGCUUUAACUUCACAAACUGGAAUCAAUAUACAAUCAGAUAAUUUAUUAUUAAUUGGUACUGAGAAAGCAAUUAAUACACAGCCACAGAAAUUGGACAUGCAAGAGAAGAAAAAUGUAAAAACAGAAACACAAGAUUCAAAUAAAUUUGAAGGAGGUACGAAGAGAAUAAUGUCUGAUGUGGUUGAUUUAGACAGACAUGAGACCAAAAGUAUAAAAAUGGAAUUGCCAUUUUCCGAUAAUUCGAAGUGUUCCAUUCCAUUAACUUCACAGACUGGAACCAAUAUAAAACCAGAAAAUUUGGUAUUAAGGGAUAAUGAAGAAACAAGUAACACACAAGCACGGAAGGCGGACAUGCAAGAGAAGAAAAAUAUAAAAACUGAAGCACAAGAGUCAAAUAAAGUUGAAGAAGGUAGAAGGAGAAUAAUAUAUGAUGUGCUAGAUUUAGGCAGACAUGAGACCAAAAGUAUAAAAGUGGAUGUGCCAUUUUCUGAUAAUGCCAAGUGUUCCAUUCCAUUAACUUCACAGACUGGAACCAAUGUGAAAUCAGAGAAUUCACUGUUAAGGGAUAAUGCACUGAAGUUGGAUAUGCAAGGGAAGAAAAAUAUAAAAAUAGAAACACAAGAUUCAAAUAAAGUCAAAGGAGGCAGGAAGAGAAUAACAAGCGAUGUGCUUGAUGUAGGCAGACACGAGACCAAAAGUAUGAAAGUGGAAGUGCCAUUUUCCGAUAAUACCAAAUAUUCCAUUCCAUUAAUUUCAUGGACUGGAACCAAUAUAAAGUCAGAAAAUUCAGUAUUAAGGGAUAAUGAACAAACCAGUAAUAUACAGGCACAAAAGUCAGACAUGCAUGCAAAGAAAAACAUAAAAACCGAAAUACAAGAAUCAAAUGAAGUUGAAGAUAUACAUGAAUUCCCCAUAACUAGUUGUCAGAUUCCUGUGGCUCACAACUUGUAUGACACUACAAAUAAUGGAGCAACAGUUCAUUUUGCUGGUGAUGGGGUAAAUGCAUCUGUUGUAGAUAGACAUGUAGUGGGUAAUGUGUGUAAUACACCUUUUGACACUCUUACUCACAGUGAAAAUAAUGAAAUGUGUGCUCCAUUACUAAAUGUAGGAAGUGAGACUAGCAGUCAGGAGAAACGUGAAAACACUGACAAUGUUCUUAGUAAAGAUCAUGACAUUUACAGAGGACUGCGAGAAGAAGUUGGCUGUACCACUUCUCUUUCUGCCCAUGCAAAAAGAUCAUUUGACAGUAAAGAACCUCCUGUUACUUUCAGUACUUGUGAUAAUCAAUCUGCUGUGUUACUAGGAGGGAGAGAAAAUAGCUUUUACGGGGGAUGGAGAGAAGCUCCUCAUUGUCCUAGAACAUAUAUAAACGGUGAUGUCCCUGCUCAGAGAUCAGAGAAAUGGUGUAGAGCAGAAGAUUCACUAUGUGGUAUCAUAAAGAUCAGAAAUGGGAUGUAUAGAUCUUCACUUUUUUGUGACAUGGCAGUGUUUGGUCAUGUGAGAGGAAAGCAGUAUAAAAGAGCACGAAUAACUGCCAGGAGAGAGAGAAAAUUGGAGAAUUUGAUAUUAAUUGAUAGAACAGUAACAAGUGAUACAGAGGAAGAGAAUUUGUUGUACAUGCUUGCAAAGAAAAGCAUAAAGAUGAAACUACAAGAUUUAAAUAAAGUUGAAGGAGAUGAGAAGAGAAGAAUGUCUGAUGCACUCGAUUUAGGCAGACAGGAGACCAAAAGUAUAAAAAUGGAAGAGCCAUUUUCUGAUCAUAAAAAGUAUUCUAUCCCUUUAACUUCACAGACUGGAAUCAAUAUAAAGUCAGAUAAUUUGGCAUUAAUGGAUAAUGAAGAAACAAGUAAUACACAGGCACAGAAGUUGGACAUGCAUGUGAAGAAAAACAUAAAAUCAGAAGUACAAGAAUCAAAUGAAGUUGAAGGAAUACAUGAAUCCCUCAUAACUAGUCAUCAGAUUCCUGUGGCUCAGAAAUUGUAUAACACUACAAAUAAUGGAAUGACCGUUCGUUUUAUUGGUGAUGAGGUAAAUGCAUCUGUUACAGAUAGAUAUGUGCAGGAUAAUGCAUUUGAUAAACGUUUUGACACGUUUACUCACAGAGUAAAUAAUGAAGAGUGUAUUCCAUUUCGAAAUAUAGGAAAUGAUACUAGCAACCAAGAGAAAUGUGAAGACAGUGGCAGUGUUCUUAGUACAGAUUAUGACAUUUACAGAGGACUGCAAGGAGAAGUUGGCCGUACCAUUUGUUUUUCUGAUGAAGUAAAAAGACCAUUCGACAGUAAAGAGCCUCCUGUUACUUCCAGUACUUGUGAUAAGCAAUCUGCUGUGUUUAUAGAACAGAGAGCAAAUAGCCGUAUUGAGGGAGGGAGAAGAGCUCCUCAUUCUCGUAUAAAAUAUGAAAAAGAUGAUGUACCAGUGCAGAGAUCAGAGGAACGGUGUAGAGCAGAAGAUAUACUAUAUGGUAUCACAGAAAUCGAGGAUGGGUCAUAUAGAUGUACAGUGUGUGAUUGUAAACUUGUUUGUGGCAUGUCAGUGCUUGGUCAUGUGAGAGAAAAGCAGCAUGAAACAGCACGAAUAACUGCCAUGAAGAAUGAUUGUACCAAAGGGCCUGAAGUUCCAAAUAACAGUUGUGGAGGUGAACUUGUUAACUACCAGGCAGAGGAGGAUCAUAUGAAAGGAAAGAAGCAUAAAAUAAAACAAGAAACUGCUGAAAAGAACAAUUGUCCCAAAAAGUUUGAAAUUUCAAGCAACAGCUGUGAAAGUACUACACCUGUUUCUUUGUGUUCAGCUGUUUCUUGCUCACUUGCUGACAGUGUUGCUAUUGUAGAGGAUCGACAUCAGGCAAUGUCAGUGAAACGUUCAGUUAUGUUAAAUGAUAUAUGGACAUAUUUUUAUGCACCAUUCCACAUUAACAAAAAAUUCAUCAGGUUUCAUUCAAGGCAAAUAAUCUGCUCCCUUUGUUGGGAACAACUAGGAAGAUACAUAUUAAAUAUAAGGGUACACAUUUCUAGCUUAAGUCAUCUUGAUCGGGUAAAUAUAUUACGAAAUAUUGAACUGAAAAAUAAGUCAUCCAAUAAACAACUAUUGGAUAUACCAGGCAGUCUAAAGAACAUUGUUCCUGCUACUCAGUUUAGCUGGAGAAACAAUGGUUUCUUUUGUAGUGUGUGCAACUGUUUCUGUGAAAAAGCACUUAUAUUAAGUCAUAUGACAGGUGCAAGCCAUGGCAGAAAGCUAGAUGAAAUGAAAAACUUGGUAGAGCUAACAACUGUAACAGUGUGAGAAAGUCGAAAUGAUGAAUUAAAAAUGUGUGAGAUUAUGAUGUUAAUUUUACUGUAUAUAUAUUAUUUCCUUUGAUUGUUUGUUAAUGUAGUGUGAUGACUAUUGAUUAAGCUGCCAAGGCAGAGAUUGGAUAGCUCCAGAGUCCAGUCAUCUAAUAUUAAGAUUUUUUUAUUACAUAAAAAGAAAUACUCUUCUGUAGCAAAGUUUUAUAUGGCUCAACUGUUUAGUCGGAGGAAAGAACUCCUGUGGUAUUAUAGCCAGAAUCAGGAUUAUUUUGUCCUCCCCCCUUUUCCUUCUUUCCAUCACCCCUUCCCACAUCUCUCUCUCUCUCUAUCUAUCUACCUACCUUUAAAUUUACAACUGCGUACCAUGGAAAUGAUAACAGGAAGAUCAGUGUACAGUUAUUUAAUUUGUCACAUGUUGUAAAUGUGUAUUCAAUCAGUCUGCUGAUAUGUACUGAUUAUUAUUAGAGAUUGAGUGUCUGCCAAAGAAAAGUGAAGAAAGAAUUGCAUCACACAACAGUUAUCCAAAAGUGUCACCAAGGGUAUCAUUUUUAAGAAGGCGCCAUUGGGUAAAGUGAG